CCCAUCCUGCUUUUUAUUCUCCACGCGCCGCGGACAAAUCAAACGCCGAGACGCAAGCAAAGCCACCGGCCAGGCGGCCAUGCUGCUACAGGCUACAGCCAGCUAGCUAGUGGGAAAGGGGAGAAAGGCGAGCAAGAGGCGUCACGAGAGGCACGUCCACCGCCCGAGCUCACCUCACCGGUGCAACUUUUCCAUACGCGACGCGGCCUGGCCGGCCUGCGUCCUAGUGCUGUGUGCUAGUCUUGUAUAUAAAAGGCGGGGAGGGUCGGGAGCGCUAUGGAGAGGAGCAGCAGCUGGUUCAGGUGGUGGAGAAGGAGGAAGGCGCGGGAGGGGCAGGCGGCCGGCGCCGGGGAGGAGGAGGGCCACGACGACCACCACAAGGUGGUGGUGGACGGGUCGGAGAUCCGGGAGCUGGUGGAGGACCGGGAGGCGUUCGGGAUGCUCGUGGACAGCAAGUUCCGGCAGCUCGACGCCGACGGGGACGGCAGGCUCUCCGUGCGGGAGCUGCGGCCAGCCGUGGCAGACAUCGGCGCCGCGCUCGGCCUGCCCGCGGAGGGGGCCUCGCCCAACACCAACCACAUCUGCUCAGAGGUGGUGAGCGAGCUGACUCAUGGGACGUCCCAGGGCGAGGUGAGCAAGGCCGAGUUCCAGGAGGCCCUGUCCGACAUCCUCCUCGGCAUGGCGGCCGGGCUCAAGAGGGACCCCAUCGUCAUACUGCGCAUGGACGGCGAGGACCUCAGGGACUUCGCCGCCGGCAGCCGAUACGAGCCCUCAGCCGCCGCCAUUUUCCCACAGGUGGGCUCCGAAGGCGUGCCCCUGCGCCAGUGCCUGCUGGCCGCUCUCCAGGAGCUGAGCGUCGACCACGGAGUGCCACCGGCUUCGGACGCCUGGGUUGUCGAGAACAUCGUGGAGCCGGCGCUGCAGCAGCUUCCUGCCGAUCGGCUCGAGCAGCCGGCGGCUUCCCGAGACGGCUUCUUGCAGCAGCUCAAGAUGCUGCUGGGUGCCGUCGCCGAACGGCUCCAGGAGCAGCCCGUGAUCGUCGCGCACACCGAGAACACCUACGACGGGAGUGGCGUCAAGAGGCUGCUGGCCAACAAAUUCGAGCUGGACAAGCUGUUGGAUUCUGUUUGGAGAGGCGUACCAUCAGAACAUAAGAACAAGGCAUCAAAGGAGUGCCUCGUAGCUGCACUUGAUAAGAUGGCCGAUGCUGCAAGCCUGCCACAUUAUGGUGCAGUUAAACAGGUGGAUGCUGUGGUGGACGAGGCCAUCAAGACGGCAAACGCCGGCGACGGAAAGACGGUAGACGAAGCCCAGUUCAAGAAAUUUCUCACAGAUACCCUCGGGGCAAUCAUGCGGCAACUGAACAGCAACCCCGUCUUCGUCUCCACCAACACCGUCGUGCACGAGCCAUUGUCCUCCGGUGCAUCCUCCGCCCUGUUCUCCUCGCCGCAGCUGGUGACGUCAUCGCCAAGUAAAUAAAGUUACAUACAUGGCAGUUACAUGGAGGGAACAGAAUUUCAGUAUUCGAGCGGGGCCUGUGGUGUUGCUUUUUGUCUGAUCACAGGCACCGCGGCAGCAUGUUAUGCUGCCUCGGUUGCAACCUGAUGAAGUGCAAAGAUGCAGGUCGUCAGGUUUGUUAACCCGAUUGAUGUAUACGUUUGGAAUAAGGUGUUCAAGCCAGACACAUUGGUCAAUGGGAAAUGCAACUAUUUUGCAGUUCAUAUCC